UGCGCCGACGUGCGCGUUUUCAUGACGCUCUUCUGCGUCGCGUUCCUCGUCGACGCCGUCGGCGACACCUACAUCAUCGGCUGCCUGACGACGAUCGAGCGACGUUUCCAGUUUGCGAGCAAGUACAGCGGCCUGCUACUGAGCGGCAGCACCGUCGCGCAGAUGUUCUCCGUGCUCGCGGGUAGCUACCUGGGCCGGCGGCGGCAGCCGGCCUUCCUCGCUAUCGGCGCUCUACUCUCCGCCGCCGGCCGCCUGCUCUUCGCCACGCCACACUUCGUCUACGGUGCGGGCGCGGCCGCAGGGGGGCGCGACGGAAACGCGAGCGAGUACGAGAUGUGCUUGGCAGGAAGGGAAGAGGAGGAGGAGGAGGCGGCGGAGACGGAGUGCUCGAGCGCUAACCAGGUGGCGUACGCGAUGAUGGUGGCGGGCAUGGUGCUGAGCGGUGCAGGGGGCUCGUGUCUGUUCUCGCUCGGAACGUCGUACGUCGAUGACAAUCUGGUGAACCCGCGAGCAGCGCCGCUCUGUCUCAGUGUUAUUUACACGAUGAGGGCGCUUGGGCCUGCGAUAGGAUUUCCACUUGCUGGGUUGUUUAGCAAGAUCUACGUAGACUUUUCCGAUACGGACCUGACGCCCAAUGACCCACAGUGGAUCGGCGCGUGGUGGCUAGGCCUUCCAAUAUUCUCUGGCAUCACGUUCGCCUGCGCUCUGCCAUUCGCUAUGUUUCCUAAUUACCUGAGAUCGAAUGCGACAGCUCACAAUAAGUCUAAUGUAGCGGUAGAGCACAUUGACUGUGACCUACAAGAACACCAGAAGGACGAGGAGAUUGUUGAGAUGAUAUACUACCAUCCGAGAGAGUUUCUACGCGCUAUGAGACGUCUGCUCACCAACGGUCUGUACGUCUGCGUCGUGCUGGGCGUCUGCUUCCAGUUCUACAGCAUCAUUGGCUACUUCGCCUUCCUGCCAAAGUACCUCGAGUCGUACUUCGGCACGACGACGGCCGUCUCGAACAUUGUCGUGGAUGGCCCCGCGUUGCUGACGGCCGACGUCGGCGUCGAGAAGCACGAGCUGUCGGCGGAAGUGAACGAUAACGAGCGCGGCGCGCGGCAGUCGUGA